UGAUCUGUGAGAGAGAUGUCCAUGCAGGGGUCUGUGCUCGCAGUGGGGAAAUGCCUCGCCUGCCUGGAGUUUAUGCUGUUUCCAGUGUGGCGGGGGAUCAGGGUGGGUAGUGGCGUGGGAGGCGGGUGGAGCCAGGGCUGGGGACGCUGCUUGCGAUGGGACCCUGACAAUCCUGGACAAGGCGCCCGGAUCCCGGUGUUUGACUACCCCGUCUGGGUUGUCCUCUGUCGUGGAGGACACGCCAGACUCAGGGAGGUCUGUCAGAGAGGGAGGGGGGCCAUCAGACUGCCCACAGACAUGCUCAGCAUCAAGCUACCCCAGCUCUUUGACAUCCACCAGGUGCCCAAGGUGUUCAGGGAGGACAGCAUCAUCUCCGGGUACCGUCACCCCAGGAGCUCAGCACUGGACUGUGUCCUCAGCAGCUUCCAGAUGAACAACGAGACGGUCAACAUCUGGACCCACUUCCUGCCAACAUGGUACUUCCUGUGGCGUUUCUGCGUCCUCUUCUCCACAAUGAACUUCCUCACAGACAGCUACACCUGGCCGCUUCUGGUCUACAUGCUGCUCAUCUGCAUCUACCCCUUCACCUCCAGCUGCGCCCACACCUUCAGCACCAUGUCCCCAGAGUCCCGCCACAUCUGCUACUUCUUCGACUACGGAGCGCUCAGCCUCUACAGUCUGGGUUGUGCCAUAAGCUAUGGAUACUACGUGAUGCCGGACUGCUGGGUGAACACCUGGCUCCAUCAACAUUUUGUCCCCAUCGCCAUUGGAAACACGGUGCUCUGCACCAGUCUGUCCUGCUACUCCAGGUUCCUGGAGCUGCAGUUCCCACAGAGAAGUAAAGUCUUGAGGACAGGAGCGUUCGUCCUUCCUUUUAUAUUUGACACUGUUCCUCUGUUCUACAGGAUCCUUCUCUGCUGUGGGGGAAGCUGCAGCACAGGCGAGGCCUUGUCCAGUCACUGUUACCACCUCCUCUUCGCCUUCCUCACCUGUUUCCUGUUCACCGCCCACCUCCCAGAGCGGCUGGCCCCGGGCCGCUUCGACUACUUUGGCCACAGCCACCAGCUCUUCCACAUCAGCGCCGUGGUGGGGACCCACUUCCAGAUGGAGGGCGUGAUGGCAGACAUGACGUCGCGGCGGACGUGGCUCCUGGCCCACGGGGUGGCGCCCUCCCUCCUGGGGACCCUCGGCGUGCUGGUCACCAGCCUCGUCCUCAACCUGGGCAUCAUCUGCAUCUUCAGCGCCCCGCUGCUGUGGAAGCCCUGCCACGGCUCCAAGCAGACACACACGACAACGGAGUGCGAGUGCAAGGAGCAGUGAGGAGGGGUGUUUUCAAACGAAAUGUCUGAUUUACUUUCCAGAGGAAAGGUUUGGGCUGUUUGUCUGUGUUGGAGAUGACUAUAACAGCUCACAGUAGUGCUCCUUUAACACUAUCACUCAGAGAUAAAGAUCUGACACACCAGUGCUAAAGCAUUUCUCUAACAACUGAAAUAUUUGCUCAUGUGUUCACUCAGCAGCUGAUGACCCAGUCGCAUUUUAUUGAAGCCUUCACGUGUACAAAAAUGUUUUUUUAAUUUAUUUUUAUGUGCAUUUAAAAAAGGCUCUGGGUUGAAGGAAGCAUGCUGUUGUAACACGACAUAAAGGUGCCUUACAGUAGAGCCACACUUCAUGUUUACAAUAGUUUAAAUCUCAGACUGGAAACAUCUAACGUGGCAGUUUGCAGGGAUUAUAUUCCAGAUUAUUACUCGUCGUUGCAUGUGCUAGGCCAGAAUCUCCUUAACUUGACUAAGGAUUUAUUGGAAAUAUUCUCUGUAACUGGACUACUUGGUUAGUGUGUGAAGCCGUCGUUAGCAUCUAGCUCUACGUAAUAUAAUGCAGAUUGUGUUGCCGGCUCUUAUACAUCCACCUAUUGAUUCCAUUCUGCCAGGACUGGAAUUGAUUUGCAGGUCAUGUGGGUUUUUUUUCCUGAUUGCCUGCCUUAUUAUAAACCCCACAAUCUGCCCUCAACAGGAGAGGGAAAAAAAGGAAGAAAUGUAAGAGCGCAGCAGCAAUUAAAAGACAGGUACCAUUUUUAUAACAGGACGUUUCCAGGCAACGCUUUAGUGGCCUCAUGCCCCCUGAAGGUCUCCAACAAUUUUUAUGUUCGGAGCAAUUUUCUCUUGUUCUUCCAUCCUGUAGCAUAAGAUCUGUUCUGAACAUUUGUCAUGUACAAAAGCACUCAAACUCGGCGGCCGUGUUUCAACUUUAUAAGAAAAAUUUCCAGUCCAAUUCCCACACUCGUGUUUUAUAAGUAAAGAAUGAAGAGCUUUUAAGGUAUAUUUAGUGAUCGUUUUGGGGGUUGUAUUAACAUGGGAGUGGUGCUUAACAAACCAGUGACACUUGUUAUAUACUGUUAUCUUCUUGUCCCAUGAGACUGUUUCUAACAUUUACCACUGAAAUAAUUAUUAUAUAUUUAUAGAAUUUUAUUAUAUUUAUUGCUUGUUGUAGGUGCAUAAACAGGGAUGCGUGUUUUUCUUUUUGGGGGAAAGCAUCAGAAGACUUUAGAUUAAGAAACUAUAGUUUUUCUUAAUAAAUAAACGACUAAUUCACUGAAAUUUGUGCCUGGUAUUGAGCUUUUUAUUUCCUUAAAACAAGGGGGAAAACAAGUUCUGACUGAUUAUUUCAGUUGCUCAAAAAAACAAACAAAGAUUAGUAUUUUGAUAUUGAAUUAAUAAUUUGAGUCUCUUGUCAGGCAGGAAUGCUAAACAUUUGCUGGUUCCAGCUUCGAAAAUUAGCAUAUUUUUUUUUGCUUUUCUUUGUUUUAUAUCUUUGUAAAUUUAAUAUUUUUUCCCCAGUGUUUUGAUUGAAACCAUAAAACCUAAACAUUAUUGAUUGGGAGGAAAAAGGCAGAUUCAUGUGUGAUAAAAUUCCAAGUAUGAUGAUAUUAUGAUGUUUUAAGGAAAUUAAAUUGACUUGAUAUGCUGCAUAACUUGUAUAAUUCAUUAUUGAUAAUAUCAUAGCAGUAGUGUAUAUACGGAGAAGUAUUGUUUAUUGGUUUUAAUAACUAAACUGUUGUGACACUAACAUACUGCAGGUACAGAUUUCAACAAUGCUCCUUUUUUACUUGACAAACCGUUUGGAAGGCUCAUUUGUAUAAAACAAGUUUUAAUUCUUAGUAGUUUGUAGAUGUAACUCAGACACACGCACACACUCACACAGACGUCUUUUGCUGUUAGAGAGUUUAAUAAGAGGGGAACAUGUAUGUGAUAUUAAGGGAGUGAGGGGUGACGGACAGGUCCGUGCUGGACGCUGCAGUAGAGAAGUCAGAGUGAAUGUUUAGAGCACAAACACACUUUUGUAUUAGAGCACGGGAGAUGUUUAAGAUGUUUUCAAGAUUACACUAUAUAGAAGUCACGUCAGCCUUUAUGUUGCAGACAAAAUGCAGCAGUAUUCAACUGAGUCUGUUUCUGUUUUAUCUCCACCCCUGCCGAGUGCUGAUCGAUUGUUUUUAUUUUCUCUCCAGUCAUCAUCUUACAGCGUUCCUCGCUUUGACCCUGUUGAUUCUUGGAAUUGCAUCAUUACUGGCUUCUGUUGUGGUUCUUUGCUAUCGACCCAAAAUAGUUUGGAACUCAUUUAUUUCUUUUGAGCCGCUGCUGUUGUUUUUUUUCUCCAGCGUCCCUGCACUGUUUGCGGUGAAGCUCAGAGAUGCUGAAGCUUCCACACCAGAUAGAUCGAUUCUGAUGUCCUUAAAAAAUGCAUUUUUUAUAUUUAUUUGUGACCAAAUUCUCAAUCUCAAGCCCAGAAGGACUUAAGACCAGAUCACUGUUACUCAUGCAAACCUUAUUGGUUUUUACUCCUCAGUGGACAAGCAGAUUCAGGGUGUAAUUUUCAGGAAAACGGGGCAUUUUUUCCUCAUGACGACUGUUUAAAAAAGCUUAUUGAAGGAUGCGUGAAAACGUGAAACAGAGAGCAAAGACGAGUGAAACAUUUGACACGACAAUAAUUCAAAAACAGGGUUUGAAAGAGUCAUUGGUGCCUUUUUUUUUUAAAACAAAAAGUGUUUUGUACAACCUUUCUUUUGAUAUAAUGCUCUGUUCCUAAAAAAUACAACAAACUACUCUUAAAAUGUAUAAAUGCUUAUUUGUCUUUUGCUGUGUAUAAUUUGUAAUUUGUGACUUUGUUCUACUAGACUUGUGUAAUAAAUUAAGCCUUUUAUAAGUGUUAUAA